AUGACAAACGGUGAUACUCAUCAGAAUUACAUGUCAUUGAAACUGUUCCUCCAACGCCUUCGACUGGCAGUGAAACCUUGCAAUGUUAGCAAUGUUAUACGUUUGGUGACAGGAAAUCAAUCAGCAGAUAUGGACUCUGUUGUGAGUGCAAUUUCGUAUUCCUUUCUCCACUCUCAAAAGUUCCCAAAUGAACAGCCAUUUCUCCCCAUGGUCAACAUAGCAAGAGAAGAAAUGAAAUUGAGAAGGGAUAUUAUGUUGCUUCUCAAGUCUCACUCAAUUACAGAAGAUGACUUGUUUUUCUUGGACGAUGUACUGAAGCUUGCUGAAUCUGGCUCCACCAAAUUUGAAGUUGUCCUCGUGGAUCAUUGUAACAUUCAAGGAGAACUCUUGCACGCUCUUCACGAGCAGAAUAGAAUUCAAGUUACUGGUAUCAUCGAUCAUCAUGCUGAUGAAGAAGUGUUCAAAGACGCAAACCCCCGCUUAAUCCAGCCAAAUGGUUCUUGUACCUGUCUUGUGUUCAACUAUUGGUACGAGCAGUUGGGAGGACAAGUCCCAUUGGAGUGUGUAUCUUUGCUUUUGGGUCCGUUGUUGAUUGAUACUUCUAACAUGACUCAAAAGGUUGAGCAGGGUGAUGUUGAGGCGUUCUCCCGUUAUGAAAAGCUAUUACAAAGCACUUCUGUGCCUUUGGAAACAACUUUGGCUGUUGCAGACGCGAACUCACUCACUUCCUUCUACAGUGUGCUUAAAGGUGCAAAGAAGGAUUUGGAAGGCUUUUCCUUCUAUGAUAUUUUGAGAAAGGAUUACAAGCAGUUCGUAUUCACGAGCGUUUCGGGUGUCCGAGUGGCCAUUGGUUUUAGCUCCAUAGGAAAGGGUAUGUCAUGGUUGACAAAGAAAUAUCCUGCUCAAGAGAUUUCUUCAUCGCUAGACCAAAUGCUUGCUAAUUUCCAUUUGGACGCUAUGGUUAUGACCACCUCUUUCACUAAAAAGGAAACCAACGAACACUUGAGAGAGUUUUCUUACUAUUCGCUGAAACCUGAGCUCAAAGACUUAGCCAAAUAUGCAACUGGUUUGGACCUCAAUCAGAACAUAUACAAUUCAGAAAUCGUUUCUGUGGCUGCUGAGGAAAUCAACAAGAAUAACUUAUUUCAAGUUUUUAAUCAAGGGAACGUAAAUGCUACAAGGAAGCAGGUUGUUCCAAUUGUGAAAUCUAUAAUUGAGGAGGGGAAACUCAUUUAG